AUGAUUGAGCCACAUGGUCCACUGGACAGAAUCCCACUGGAAAACUAUCCUCCGCAGCUGACGAUAGCGAAUUAUAUGGCUAUAAAGCAGAUGAUUGAUCAGGUUAUCAAUGAAGAUCAGGAAUAUGUGAACUGGAAGUUGAAGAAUCAGCGAACAGGCGGUACUUUGGAUAAAUACCUUUACUCUUACAAGCUUGAGGAGGAAUAUGAAAGAGAAAAUAGGGAAAAGAUUAAUGAGGCCGAGUCUAAGGUUCUGAAGCCAGGAGAUUUCUAUGAUAUGCCCAAGGGUAUGAAGUUCCCCCGUGAUAUAUAUGAUGACCAACUGCGCCAGCUACCGAGACCUCGAAUGCUGGACCAGCAGCAGGUCAGGAAACUAUUCGUGGACCAUCUCGACGAGGAGCAGAUGAACAGAUACGAGGUUUUCAAAAGAGCGUCGUUGGCCAAGAACCAGAUCAAAAAGAUCUCGAGCGUUGUGACAAACCAGACAGUUGCAGCAAAUGUAAAUUUGCUGCUUGGUGGUAUUGGCAAACUUUUAGUAGGCGAGAUUGUGGAGAAAGCACUAGACGUAAAGCAAAAAUGGCUCCUAAGUAUGAUGGUUAACAAGUUUCACGAACGGAAGGUAAUCGGAAACAAGCUCAAGAAGCAUCUCAAGAAACUAACCAUUCUAGUGGGUACAGCAAGCGGCAUUGAUGACGAGGUCGAUGAAGAGGAGAGCGACAGUUACUAUGACGAUGACAAGGAAGAGACGGCCUUCGUCCUGGAGAGUAAUAAACUACUCAAAUCUUCCAAGAACACUGAGGAGAUCAGAGUACGUAUAAUAAAGCAGUACAAUAUACUGGUCACCCAGUUCAACAAGCUGAACGUAAGCGUGGAAAAGUACAUCAACAGUCCACUGCUGCCGGAACAUAUACACGAGGCCUGGCGGUUAUACCGGCUUGAAAACGAUACAGUACUUAGCGCUCACUGGCGCACACAAGGUGAGGGCAACGGAUUACUCUUUAGAUAA